GCACAGCGGACGGCCCCGGCCCGGCGGUCUUGGCGCCUUCUGCGGGCACGAUGUCGCCUCCGAAAGAAAAUGUCAGCUUACUGUUCAAGUUGUACUGCCUCACAGUGAUGACCCUGGUUGCUGCAACAUACACAGUUGCAUUGCGGUACACAAGGACAGUGGAGACAGAACUCUACUUUUCAACAACGGCUGUGUGCAUCACUGAAGUUAUUAAGUUGUUCUUGAGUGUAGGCAUCUUGGCUAAAGAAACUGGAAGUCUGGCAAGGUUAAUAACAUCUUUGAAAGAAAAUGUAUUUGGAAGCCCUACAGAAUUGCUAAAAUUAAGCGUUCCGUCUUUGGUGUAUGCUCUCCAAAACAAUAUGGCGUUUGUGGCUCUUAGCAACUUGGAUGCAGCAGUCUAUCAGGUGACAUACCAGCUGAAGAUCCCUUGUACAGCUUUAUGUACAGUCCUAAUGCUAAACCGUACCCUUAGUAAGUUGCAGUGGUUCUCUGUCUUCAUGCUGUGUGGUGGUGUUACCCUGGUUCAGUGGAAGCCUGCUCAGGCUACAAAAGUACAGGUGGAGCAGAAUCCAUGGCUAGGAUUUGGAGCGAUUGCUGUUGCUGUAUUAUGUUCAGGAUUUGCAGGAGUUUAUUUUGAGAAGGUCUUAAAGAGUUCGGAUACUUCGUUGUGGGUGAGGAAUAUUCAGAUGUACUUAUCUGGGAUUGUGGUGACUUUAUUUGGUGUGUACAUGUCAGACGGAGCCCAAGUUCUUGAGAAAGGGUUUUUCUAUGGCUAUACAUACUACGUCUGGUUUGUCAUCUUUCUUGCCAGCGUAGGUGGCCUCUACACAUCAGUUGUUGUUAAGUACACAGACAACAUUAUGAAAGGCUUUUCUGCAGCAGCAGCCAUUGUUCUUUCUACUGUGGCAUCAGUCGUCCUCUUUGGCCUCCAGAUAACUGUUACCUUCUCCCUGGGUGCGCUCCUGGUGUGCGUUUCUAUUUACCUCUAUGGAUUACCUCGACAAGACACCACAAAAAUCCAGCCAUCAGAGGCUAAGAGCUCAAAAGAGAGACUUGCUACUGUGUGACAUUGUCCGUAAAAAUGGACAGACAGACAAGAGAAAAAAUGGACUUUAAAAAAACCUACAUUUUUUAAAAAUUAGCCUUAAGCUAGUCAUGAAAUGGUUUAAGUGGGAUAGACUAAAAGCAGAAGUUAGUUCUGCGAUACAUGUGAAGUUUCCAGUGGCUGACGCUGAGGCUUACAUCACCGCUGAGGAGCUGGAUGGGUAUUUUAUUGAAGGUAUUCUUCAUUCGCAUCAAACAAUGAAGAGUCCUGCUUACAAGGAAAGCCGAAUGAAGGAACUGAACACUCAGUUGUACAUAAUGUAUAUAAUGGGGGGGAAGUUGGUUCUUUGUGUAUUUGAUAAACUGUCUUGCCCUUUGAGGGUGGAAAUGCCCAAAAGCUUCAUAAAAAAAUCUAUUAAAAAGAGCAAUUACUGCCAGCAUUUUCUCUU